CUGAUGCAAUCCGUAGCGUCAUCGAGAGAAAAAUUUUGUUGGCCAAGAAAUCUGGACCCAUUUAUACUCCCGAACAGUAUGUUUCUAUUAUUCGUGAGGCCAAGAAAAAGGGAAAGAAAAUUGAAGUUAAAGAAAUGAGUUUUGAAAGUUUUUUUGACAUCAAGUCAUUAUCCGAUGAUAUGGGUCUCAACAUUAAUAAAAAUACUGACGGAGAUGAAUUUAAAAUUAAUGUUGUUAAAAUCUUACAAUUUAAAAAAGGAGAAGAAGAAUUUUGUUACAAAACGAGCUACAAACAAAAAGAAUGGUAUCGACUGAACUUUAGACAAAGAAAAAGAUCCAAAAAAGACCUCAUUAACAAAAACGUUAUUAUCAAAAAAGCCUACUGCAAUCCAUUCCAGUUAUCUGAUAAUAAAAAAAGAGAUUUACUGAGUUUACUGAAUACUAACCUUAUUCCAGCAUUCUAUAAACCCUAUUUCGAAAGUAUUUUACAGUAAUUAAGAGCAACCAGUUAUUUUUUUUCGCACUUAUGUUGCGAUAGUGAAUAAUAUUAGAUUAGGUAUCCUUUCGUUUGAUAAUAAUCAAGAUCUCAGCGUUUAGAUUUAUUUAUUUAGAGCACCUCUUCAGUUUGCAUUUACCAAAGAUUAAUAAAAAAAAGACUGAAAAUGUACCUGAUUUGAAGUUUUAUUUUAAUAAAACAAAGGCGUAACUUCAAAUUUCACUUUUAAUUCAAAUAUGACAAAAACCAAAAUAAC